CAAGCUUUUGGGCCCAAAAACAAUGCGAUGCAAAUCAAAAUGGGUUGCUGCCAGCCCAUACGCAGUGGAGAAGUGAACCGCUCGGGCGAUCUGGCCCGAUGACCAGAGCGGCGUAACGUGACCACGUGCGCGUGAUGGCUUGGAAUGAGCGUGCGAAGCAUGAUGAUUUGGAUCUCUUCCAAGAGCAGGAAGCCGAUGGCUCCGAUGCCCUGAACGAUGAUACCUUCGGCGAUGCGAGUCCGGUUGGAGAUGAUUGGCAGCCAUCUGCAGCACAGGAGGCGUUUCACCGCGAGCUUCAGCAAGCUCGAAAUAGCCCCAGCUUGGGGCCGGAUGAAGGUUUGAGCAUCGGACCACCACCUGGCCUGGGCAAACGGGGACAGGAGCCCCGCCAUGCCCCGCGCGGCCGGCCCCGGGAUCCCCGUGGGGAUCCUCGUGAUCCGCGGGAUCCGCGACAGACGGCGUUCGAAGCGCUGCGGUCCCUGGGGCUGGAGAAUCCACCGUCCUUGCUGGGCCAACCACCACCUGCCGGCCUCUUUGACGGCUUGUCCUCACUCCCUUGGGGGUCGCGACCUGAUCCGGGUCCAGCAUACCCUCGCCCCAACCCCAUGCUUGGUGCAAAGGGUUGGCCUUGUGCCGCCGCCACAGCUCCCACAGUUCCUCCACCCUUCCCCAGGCCAGACCUCUUGGGUCGUUUCAGUCACUUCCCGCGCCCUGACGGCAUCCCCCAACAGCUGGCAGCAUUGGCGGCAUUGCGCCGCAUGGCGCCACCACCUGCGCCGCCCACACCGGCACGGCAGAUCAUGUCAGUCACCGAGCUGGAGGCCCAGAUGAUGGCGGACCAGGUGCCACGACCACCCAGUCCAUUGGCAUCUCUAGGCCUUGGGCCCCCUGGACCGCCUCCGGCACCCAUGGCACACAAGAUGAGCCACGGGCCCGGUAUCACCAGCACCAGGCCGCCAGGCUUGAUGCCACGGCCUCCGGGGCCACCAGGGCCACCGGGACCGCCGGGGCCACCAGGACCACCGAGAGAAGUGGCUCCAAUCCCUUCCUUCUUGGAUAGCCUCCUGGUUGAGGAUGAACCCGCUGUGAUGCCACUCUCUCCCGGAGCAUACACUGAAACUCGGAAGUGGAUCUCCCCCUUCACGGACAAGCAUCGGGAAGCUGUGCUGGAUGGAACUGGCAGUUUGUCCAAGCAAAUCCUGGAGCCUUUCCUGCAGUCCGAAAGCUCUGGUCGCCAGCACGUAGGGUUGAUGACUGCCAGUGAUAAAGAGCUCAUUGUUCGGAUUCAACUGGGUCAGUUGGCUUCCAUUGGCGAAAUGGAGCCACACCGCGACGGCAAAGCACAUGGCGACCACGGCGAGCGCGGCGAGCACAGCGAGCACGGCGACCACAGCUACGCGCACGGCGAGCACCUGGAGUCUACCGGUCAUGGCUCUGCGGAGGUCGCUGAUCGCAGCUUUGGUGCGCUUCGCGCCUCGGUGCAUCACUCCCGCGCUUCGGUGGAUGUCACUUCCACGGAUCUUCCAGCAGAGGGAAGCAAUGCCCGCUAGCGGAUGAUGUGCCCAUGGAUGGGCCGAUAAAGUGAGCGAGGUGUCAUGUUUCAAAUACUCUUGGGUCUCUGGAGCAAUCGAGUUGAUGUGGUCAGUGGUUUAAAUGCUGGCCUUAGAGCAACUGUCCAUGCC